AUGCCGGAUAUUUCGAGGACCAAUCCAGAUGGAGCCGCAUUGGACAAUCCAAAUCUAAGACCUAUCAGGACAGUGGACUAUGAAGUAGGAUUCCAGCAAAAAUUAUCAGAGUCUAUGGCAAUGAAGUUUUCUGCUUACUACAAAGAGAUGAAGGACCUCAUUCAGCAAAGAGUAUUGGCAAAUGUCGCAUCACCAUUAAACUCCUACAAACUAUUUGAUAAUCUUGAUUUUGGAACUGUUAAAGGAUUUUCAUUUUCUCUGGAUCGUCGCCGUACCAACAACCUCGAAAUCAAUGCUACCUAUACACUACAGUUUGCAGACGGAUCAGGAAGCGACGCCAAUUCGUCCAAUGGGAUCAACAAUCGAGGACCAAUAAGAAACCUUAUACCGCUUUCAUUUGACGAGAGACACCGGUUUACUGUAGUGGCCGAUUACAGAUAUGGUGCAGGAAAGGCAUACAAUGGUCCUAAAAUCGGAAAAGUAGCUAUACUCGAAGACUUCGGACUGAGCAUGACGAUGUUUUUAGUGUCAGGCCAACCAUAUACGCGCAAUACAACCCCACAGGCUUUUAGAGGAUCAGGAUACGCCGGAUCUGUCAACGGAGCAAGACUUCCAUGGAACUUCACCGCAGAUCUGAAUCUGCAAAAACGUUUUCCGUCAAGUUUUGGUCAGGACAGAAUCAAAGGAGUGGAAGAUACGGGCAGAGAUGUUCAGGCUUUUUUGGAUGCAUAUUCCUGGAGAUUGCUGGCACCGGGUAUUCAGCAUCAUAUGGAUGCGAGAAAACCGGACAAUAUCGAUGCUAAUAAAAAUACCUCUGAAGUAACGGGAUGGCGAGCUGCUUGUGUAAGGCCAACCAAACAAAUAGAAAUGCAGGUAAACAAUGUCAGAGCCCGUCUGCUUACAGGAGGAGAUAUAUGGUCUGAAGCUCAGUACAUAGUACCCAAGCCGGCACCUGGCCAAUUGCCUGUAUCUGCGCUUUUUGCCGGUGGUGUGUGGAUAGGAGGAGUAGAUCGUGCUGGCAAUAUCAAGCUUUCAGGUGUCACAUACAGAUCUCAGGGAUAUGACUUUUUUGCCGGACCUCUGGACAUCAACGGGACCACGGAACAAGUCCAGUGCCAGAAUUGGGACAGGUAUAAACUGAUCAAUAAAGCCAAUGAAGAUCUCGUGGAUUGUUAUUUUUCUAUGUGGAUAGACCCGGAUCUGGGGUGCUACCAGGAUGAUCUCAUAGGAUGUGAUGUAUCCCGGUCACUGGCCUACGUAUAUAAUCAGGAUGCAGUAGACGGAAGUAACGGAACAGCUUGCGAAGGCACUAAUACCUAUGGUACAGAAAUCCCUAUACUUGGCAUGGACUAUUUUAGGGGACCACUUGGACCAAAAGUUUUCAGGAAGGGAUCAGACGGCAAACCAUUGCUUGAUGCAAAUGGGAAUAAAAUCCUACUGGAACCAAGACCAUUUACAGGCGAGCAGGACACGCUUGUGGAGUUGGGCAUGACAUCAUUUACCUAUGCUGAAAAUUGUAGUAUCGGAUCACCACCUACAGCAACUUGUGACCCUCAACGUGGACGGGAAGAGGGGUUUUACAAUUACAUCAGAGGAUUAUGGGCAGAUGGAACUCCGGUUACAUUCGGAGGUACCGGAUAUAAUCCUGGCAGCAGAGACACAGUCAGGUUUGCUUAUCCUGAUGAACCAAAUAAUAACAGAGGCUGGUCUAUGUGUACAGUGCCCGGCUUACCAUUUGGGGACAGAAGGACUAUGCAGGCUACAGGACCUCUGUUGCUACAGCCGGGAGCCACUAAUGAGUUGAUCAUAGGAGUAGUAUAUGUUCCGGAUAUAGACUAUCCAUGUCCUGAUAUCACCAGACUCAAGUUUGCUGACGACAUAGCACAAGCAUUAUUUGACAAUUGUUUUGAUAUCACAGAUGGGCCCGAUGCGCCUGAUAUCACUGCAGUGGAAUUGGACAGAGAGCUGAUCCUCAUGCUAUCCAAUGAGCCUAAUUCUAAUAAUUUCAAUGAGGCUUACAAUGAAAUAGACUUGCAGGCUCCUAGAGAUGUAGAUAACAAAUACAAGUUUGAAGGCUAUAAAGUAUUUCAGCUGGCAAAUGCAAGCGUUACUGCUCAGGAACUCAAUGAUGUCUCGAAAGCAAGGAUUGUAUCACAGGUGGAUGUAAAAAAUGGUAUAAAAGAGAUCUACAAUUGGUCAGGACAGUCCAACCCUAUUGACCCGAUCUUCGGGCAACCCGUCUGGACACCAUCCAAGCAAGUGUCUGGUGAAGAUAGAGGGCUAAGAACAACAUUCAGAGUGACUGAAGACCAAUUUGCCUUAGGAGACAGAAAAUUGUUGUCAGAGGUGAAGGAGUAUAUCAUCAAUGAGCUCGGUAUAUCUGUCACUGUAGGCAACGGAGAUGAUCCCGGCACCACCCGCACAGGAACCAACGGUGGUGUUGGUGCUUCAUUAGUGUACAAAGAUGCCGCAGGACCGCGUUGGUUCAAUGCUAUCAGAGAUGGAGGCAUCGUUCAGUCCAAUGCUCAGGGCAAUGUCUCACUUCCAUUCCUUGAUUUUGUACGCAACGGAUUCAACCAGGAUCCUGUCGCUGCACUAUCAAAAAUGGGUAAUGGAUUUUUUGUGCCCUUCUUAUCCACCAGAUUUGAGUCCGAUCCCGACCUGUCAUUUUAUCUAAGCCCGGCAGCACGUGAUUUUCAGGCUGUGAUGACCAAUGCCACCAAUAAUUCUAUCAGGUAUCGUGACCUCAACAAUGUUGACAUCGUGUUUACAAAGGAUAUCACUAAGUGGAGCAAAUGUAUUGUAGUCGAAACAGCUACCAAUGAUUAUAUAGCAAAUAACUUACCUACUAUCGAUAAUACCAGGAAUUUUGAAGUAAGAAGGACUCCAUCGAUCGAUCAGACUGGUAAAGCACUCAAUGACGGUACAUUUGGAUUUAGUUAUUUCCCGGGAUAUGCCAUUGAUGUGGAGACGGGAUGUGCCCGGGCCGGAAAUCCUGAUCGGCAAGGUCAGGCCGGAGCAGCAGAAUUGCUCAUGAAUCCAUGGGGAAGAAGUGCAGGAUUACAUUCGAUGAGCACAUCCUCAGCAUUCGGUGGAGAAGGAUUAUCUGUCAAGAAUCCAAAUACUGAUCCUGCAGGAGGUGUAGUAUAUGAACUGACGUACGAUGCCCGAGCUGCAAGCUUUGAGCUGCCAUCCAUGCUGAAUAUGGGCGUUUCAUAUGAUGUGUAUUUCGUAUCAUAUAUGACUCAGGAUGGAUAUGAAAAAUUAAAAUCCGAACUGGAAGAUUUAAAAUCAAAAGGAAGAGAAGGUGCCGCAAAGGCUAUAGCUGAAGCCCGUGAAAAAGGAGAUUUAUCGGAGAAUGCAGAAUACGAUGCCGCAAAAAAUGCACAGGGAAUGCUCGAAAUGAAGAUCAAUGAACUUGAAAAAGCAUUUUCCACUGCAAGGAUUCUUGACGAGAGUACGCUGGAUACAUCUAAAGUAACUAUUCUGACUAAUGUCACCAUUAAAAACAAGAACAAUGGAGCAGAAGUGACUUACAAACUGGUAGCUGAGGCAGAAGCUAAUCUCAAGGAGAAAAAAAUCUCAGUUAGUAGCCCGAUUGGGCAGGGAUUGUUGGGGAAGAUUGUAGGAGAUAUUGCCCAGAUACAGACACCGUCUGGAAUAGUCAAUUUUGAAAUCAUAGAAAUCGGGGAAAUCCCGUGUUACAAGAUAUAUGAAGAUGACAAUUUUCUGGCUUUUCUCGAUGUAUUCCCUUUGGUAAAAGGACACACUUUAGUCAUACCGAAAAAGGAGAUAGAUUAUAUUUUUGAUAUUGAAGAUGAACUACUGGCCGAAAUGAUGUUAUUUUCAAAGAAGGUGGCCUAUGCUAUUAAAAAAACUAUUCCUUGUCUCAAAGUGGGUGUUUCGGUAAUAGGAUUGGAAGUACCACAUGCACACAUACAUCUGAUACCUAUGAAUAACGUCUCAGAAAUGAAUUUCAUUCGGCCAAAACUUACAAUUGAAGGCAUCGAGAUGGAAAAAAUAGCAUCUGAUAUCAGGGCUAAUCUUUAA